AUUUUUAUUCGUUUGUCGAUUGGUAUCGAAUCAUUUAGGAUGACAAUGUCUAAUAAUAAACACAAUGGCGAUUCAAGCAGCUCUGAAGAUGAAAUAUCAAAAGAUGCAUUAAAAGAAGCGAUAGAUCAUCAAUUUCUGAAGAAUGAGUAUUUUUCCAACGAAAAAUCUCAAAAUUCAGAUGUUUUUAAGAAAACAGAUGAACAUAAUGACUUAACAAAAGAUACUAAUGUGAGAAAUCUUGUGUCAUUAAGAAAAGAUUUGGAAGAAAAGAAAACAUUUUCUAAUUUUGGUGUCAGUCCAACAUUUCAGAGUUUUGUUGCAAAAAAAUUGGAUGAAAUAAUAGAAAAAUCGAUCAAAAUAAAAAAGAUAGACAUAAAUAGUAUUACAAAUAAAAGAGAAGACAAGGACAGCAAUUGUGGUAUAAAAUUACUGAAUUCCUCUGUGGAGUUUUUAACGACUGAAAAAGAAGAUGAAAAGCCUCAAAGAAAAAGAAAAAUUAAAGCAACUAUAGAUGAUGAAAUGAAUUUGUUAAAAUGCAAACAAGUAGCUGUAGAUCCUGAACAAAUAUUGUCAAAAGUUUGGACUAAAGCUUGGACAAGUAGAAGGAAAGGACCCGAAUUCAAUUACAAAAAAUUGAAGAAUGGUACUUUAGUUGAAAUAACCUAAACCAUAGGUUAAGUUCAAUUUAAUAUAAAUUAAUUUGUAAUAUAUAAAAAAUAAAUGUUCUGUAUAUAAAUUCUAUUA